GGCGGCAGCGGUGGCGCCACUGUGGCAUCUUUCUCAGCUGGGGAGGCCGCACCACCUCUGCUCGUCCUCUCCGGACACGAGACUGCAGCUCGGGAGGAAAGACUAGGGCGGCGCAGCUAGGAAAGGGCCCAGGAACAGAGCGUUCCGCAGAGGCUGCGACAACGCGGCAGCCUCCGCCCCCCAGCGGCCGGCACCGCCGCCGCGGCAGCUGUCAUGGCCGCCGGGUCACGUGACCCCGGCUCCGCGCAGGCCCGGUUCCCCGUCGGUCCAGUCCUGUAGCCGGCUCCCCGCCUCCCUCCCUUUCUCGCCGGUGGACUCGGACGCUGCCUUUCUUCCCUUAGGAGGACUGCUGUCGGGACUCCGAGAAAUCUGGAAACAUCUGGAGAAAAAUGACACAUUGGUUUCACAGGAACCCCCUCAAAGCCACAGCUCCUGUUUCUUUUAACUACUAUGAGGUUGUCACUGGUCCUGCUGCUUCAAAAAUUUGCAGUGACUUGCGAUCGUCCAGAGCACGGCUGCUGGAGCUGUUCACGGAUUUGGGCUGCAACCCGGAAACGAUGAAGAGCGCAGCAGACUCAUACUUUUCACUUCUACAAGGUUUCAUAAAUUCAUUGGAUGAAUCUAGCCAAGAAAGUAAGUUACGAUAUAUGCAAAAUUUCAAGUGGACGGAUACAUUACAGGGACAAGUCCCAAGUGCCCAGCAGGAUGCCGUUUUCGAAUUAGCUUCCAUGGGGUUUAACGUGGCUCUGUGGUACACUAAAUACGCUUCAAGACUGGCUGGAAAGGAAAACAUAACAGAAGAGGAAGCGAAAGAGGUCCAUCGAAGCCUGAAAAUUGCCGCUGGGAUUUUUAAACAUUUAAAGGAAAGUCACAUCCCAAAGCUUAUCACACCUGCAGAAAAGGGCAGAGAUUUAGAAGCGCGACUCAUCGAAGCUUAUAUCAUCCAGUGUCAGGCUGAAGCUCAAGAAGUAACAAUCGCUCGGGCAAUUGAACUGAAACAUGCUCCCGGACUAAUAGCUGCCCUGGCCUACGAAACAGCCAAUUUCUAUCAAAAAGCUGAUCAUACUUUAUCCAGUUUGGAGCCUGCAUACUCUGCCAAGUGGAGAAAAUAUCUUCUCUUGAAAAUGUGCUUCUACACGGCUUACGCGCACUGUUACCACGGUCAGACUCUGCUGGCUAGUGACAAAUGUGGUGAAGCAAUCCGGUCUCUCCAGGAAGCAGAGAAACUUUAUGCGAAGGCAGAAGCGCUGUGCAAAGAAUACGGAGAAACCAAAGGACCUGGACCCACAGCCAAGCCUUCGGGACACUUGUUCUUCAGGAAACUGGGCAGUCUCGUGAAGAACACCCUGGAAAAAUGUCAGAGAGAAAAUGGGUUCAUCUACUUUCAGAAAAUUCCAACGGAAGCCCCGCAACUGGAACUGAAAGCCAACUACGGUCUCGUGGAGCCUGUGCCUUUCGAGUUUCCUCCCACAAGCACGCACUGGACCCCGGAGGCGCUGGCCGCGUUUGAUCUCACCAAAAGACCCAAGGAUGACAGCACCAAAGCCAAACCGGAAGAAGCGGUGAAACCCGUGAAGGAGCCAGACGUCAAGCCUCAAAAGGACACGGGGUGCUCUGUCUCCUAAGGUGCGCACGGUCUCCCUGCUGGGAGAUGAGCUGGACCACGGGCCUGCAGUUCGCACUUCUGGAGAGGAUUUCUCUGGAGCCUGUCGGAUCAUUCAGUGCUCCCAGCGGGCAUCUGCCUUCAUUUAGGUCUAGACUUUUCCCACUGGAGAGGCUCCCACUUCGUUUCCACACUCCUUUUCAGCCAGGACACGGGAAAGGCGUCACUCUGCCCCCGAACAGUGUGCUUGAGGGUUGGUUCCUCCCCAACCCGCACCCUGGCCAGUAAUACUACAGGUUAACAUACUGUAGACCAGAA